AUGGGCGACAUUGGACUUUUGGGCGAGCCGGGGCUGAUGGGAGAUGUAGGCCCCGUGGGACUGCAUGGGUCACAGGGGGAUGCUGGCUCCGCAGGACCUCCUGGAGAGCCUGGCGCAGUGGGGCCUCAGGGAGCAGCGGGUGCCCGAGGAGUCAGGGGAGAGAGCGGCAAACUAGGACCUCCUGGCCCUGUGGGUCAGCCUGGACCUCAGGGAGAACAUGGAGUGAAAGGAGAGGUCGGUCCACAGGGAGAGAAGGGAGUGUCCGGGCCUCUGGGACCUACAGGGGAACAGGGAGAAGAAGGUUUUCCCGGAGUGCAGGGUCCUCCUGCUCCGCCUGGAGUCGAGGGGUCUCCAGGUGAAAUUGGAGCGCAGGGCCCAGCAGGACUCCCGGGAGCUGCAGGUCCAGGAGACGAUGGAGAGGCUGGCCCUCCUGGAAAAGAGGGUCGCAUCGGAAGAAGGGGUCAGAAAGGAGAGCGUGGGUUUGUGGGGCUCACUGGCUGGUCCGGUGUCAUCGGAAGCCCCGGGUUACGAGGCGAGUCGGGAGAUCAAGGACCAAAGGGAAACCAGGGGGAGAAGGGCGACAUGGGGCUGGAUGGACCUCCAGGACCAGAAGGACCAAAGGGCGCCCGCGGUGAUCCAGGGUUGCCAGGUCCAGAGGGUGCGAAGGGAGAACAGGGUAACAUUGGACUGUCAGGUUUUCGAGGAACACCAGGGAUGCCAGGACUGCCGGGUUUAAAGGGCUUCCAGGGCCUGCCCGGUCUGUCGGGGAGACCAGGGUUCCCAGGUCCUCCCGGUCUACCAGGACUUCCAGGGAAAUCCCUCAACAUGACUUUAUCACAGCUUAAGGACCUGGUUUAUCAGUCGGACAAACCAAACUUCUCGCUGCUCCACACGCUGCUGGAGUCUCUGCAGCUGGAGCUCCGCCUCCUCCUGGAUCCUCCGGACGGCAGCAAAGAGCGGCCCGCCACCACCUGCCUGGAGCUGAGGCUGUGUCACCCGGACUACAGCAGCGGCAUGUAUUACAUCGACCCGAACCAGGGCAGCACUGGAGACGCUCUCCUGGCCUACUGCAGCUUCUCCGGACCCUCCCCCCAGACCUGCCUCCACGCACGGGACCCCCAGCUGCCGAUGAGAGCCUGGAUGGAGGACGUCACGGAGGAAGGCUCCUUCUUGUGGCUCAGCAGAAUGGACCUGGGUUUUCAGUUUGAUUACCCUGGAGCCAGCGUGGUGCAGCUGCGGUUCCUGAGGUUACAGAGCAGCACCGCGGUCCAGAAGCUCACGUACUCCUGUCACCCGGGACACCGGCUCGGACCGAGCCACCGCGACGUCAAGUUCCUCACCAACACCGGGAAACAGAGCUACCUGGGCCAGCUCCACGACUGCCUGCCCGCGGAGGAGACGAGCUCGGACGCACGAGAGGCUAUUUUUGAGUUCGAGGACCUGCAGCUGCUUCCCCUCAGAGACGUGGCUGUGAUGUCGCAAGCCAACAGCACACACCGCUUCAGCUUCAGCAUGGGACCAGUGUGUUUCAGCUAG